UUUUCUUGUUUGAGUAAAAGAAUGUCAGAAGUAGAAACACAUGAAAGAAACCAAUCUAUUGUAUAUGUUAGAAAGCUGUGUUUGUAAGAAAUGCUAGAACUUCAUAAACAUGUAUGUACAUACAUAUAUAUCAUUUUUACACACAUUUUUAUGUAGAAAGUCAAUGAAUGAAGGACGUUACCAGAAAAGUUUUUGUUACAGGGGUCGACCAAUCAUAGAUAUUAUUACAACAGUGGAAGGGAAUCUGAAGAGUAUUGAUGCUACAAAACGAGGCUGUGAUGCUAACCCUACGUCAGCCUUAGUUUGCUUUUCUUUUAAAGCAUGUUUCAAGCUCAUCCCAUCAGUUGUAUCUCAUGGAAACCAAAUCAGGAUAAAGUAUCGUAUCGAAGCAGAGCCACGAAGGAAGUUCCAUCGUGUUUACUUCGACGGUGUUAAAGAAACUGAAACACCCAAUAUUGUAGAGAAAAACAUUAUACUUCAAUGGGAAGCAAUCAAAUCUUUUGAAUGUUCCACGGAAGUGGUCUAUCUUAAGGAGAAAAGUGAUAUUCAGAAUCCCAUUAACUUUAAGCUAACCUACACAUUGAUUCAAAAAGAACCUAUCAUGCCCGAGGAAGGUGAAGACCUACCAGAUGUUAGCUUCUAUCCAAUUUUAAACCAGCAGGAAGCUUCAAAAAACUUUCAGGCUACAUUUAUGAAGAAUUGUGGUGCGGAUGAUAUUUGUCAGACUGAACUUCAGUUUCAAGUGGACUUCAAUUUAUCAAAAGAAAAUGGAAAGUUGGUGCUGUACUUAGGCGAAGAGAACUUAAACAUGACACUGACGGUGAAAAACAACAGGGAACCUGCUUUUGAAGCAAAGUUGUACGUUUCUCAUCCUGCACCAGUCAGCUAUAUAGGACAAAAAAGUACGAAAGGAGGAGAUAUAGUCUGUACACCAGAAAAUAACAGGUUGGUUAUCUGUGAGUUGGGCCAUCCAUUCAUUGGAGAGGCUGAGAUUCAGCUACGAUUUAGUCCUAGAGUCCAUGAUGUAGAAAACAGUUUAAGUUUUGAAAUCUGGGCUAAUACGUAAGUAU